GUCCCGUCCACAGCCCUCGGCGGAAUCCACGCAGCGGCACAGGGAACGCCGCGGACAGCGCUGCCCGGAAUGGAGCCGCUCGCUGGGAAACGAGCAAAUCGCGGCUCUCGGUUCGCCGCCUCUCGCUGCCCUACCGAGCACACACAGAGCGAGGCGCUGCCCUUUCCCCGUGAGGCACGGGGCUCCUUUCCAUCCCACCCGCACCCGUUUCUGUUCCGCGAGGGGAAAUUCCACAGAUAAAGCGGGGGAAAAAGGCACGGGGCCGUGGCACCUGGGAUUGGACGGAGCUGGAAACACAGCGCGGAUGGAAGGAAAGUCGCGCUUUCUCCACUGUUACACAAACUAAUUAGCUAAGGCAGCCCAAGGGGAGGGGAGAGGGGGAGGCAUUUUCUCAAGUUUCCCUUUGUUUACGGUUUUCCUAACAACGCUGCCGCGCUCGGAAAGGAAAGUUGGUGGCUGGUGGAAACUCCCUCUCUAAGGAGAUGGCUGUUUAUCAUUAGCCGUGCGUGCGCGCUGAUGACGAGCAGUGAUUUCCCUUACUGCGCCAGGUGAAUAGCUGCCUGGUUACAUAGAUAGGCAAGUAGGUAGGUAGAUAGCUGUCUGCUUGCCUGCUCGUCCAUCCGCCCGCGCUGCCCGCGCUGCCCGCCCUGUCUCCCCUGCCUGCCUGCCUGCCUGCCUGCCUGCCUGCCUACGCUGCCCGCUUUGCCUGCCCGCACUGCCUGCGCUGCUUCGCCUGCCUGCCUACCCGCCUCUGAUGCAGCCAACCUGACGUGCGGCGCGGCCAAUAGGGUGCCGCCCCCGGGGGCGUUGCUGCCAGCCGAUUGGUUGGCAGGAGCCGAGCGCUGCGCAAAAACAGCAAAGCCGAGCGCUCCGAGCUCAGAAACUGCCGGCAGAGAUCAGAGGAGCGGAGCCGGGCUGGAGCCGGGACGGGAGGAGAGCGGCGGCGGCGGCGGCAGCAGCAGCAGCAGCAGCAGCAGCAGCAGCAGCAGCAGCAGCAGCAGCAAGCAAAGAGAGGGGUUAGGCGCAAAAGCAGCAAGAGAGGAAAAAAAAAAAAGCAAAACUGAUCGGCACGUCCAUAAAACGCAGAGUGAUGAUGAUGAACGUAAUAAUAGCAAUAAAAGAAGAAAAAGACUGUUGAUAGAAGAGAGAAAAAUCUAAGAUCUUGACAUAAAAAGAGGAAAUCCCAGAGAAAUCAGGGAAUGAAAGUUUGGGUAGAGAAGCUGUUCUUUGCCGUUUUUUAUAUGAAACGUUUUUGCGGGUUAUAAUUUUUUUUUUUUUUUUUUUUUUUUUUUUUUUUUUAAAUUUCGCGAUUUUCUGCCUUUUUCUCGCCUCCGAAGAGGGCAUGUCCACCGGCUCCGCCAGCAGCUUCUCCCCCUCCGGCUCCCACCAGGAAGACAAACCGAGGACAAUCCUGAAAUACAAAAAUUUCUUCCCUGGGAUUUGCUGCUGCUGCCGCCGCUGUUGCUGCCGCGGUGCAGUGCCAAGACUCUCGGAAUAAAUAAAAGCGGGCUACUGUGUGUCUGUAGAUGCGGGCAGCUAAUAGCUAUUAUUAGUUGGCCAUUGAUUUCGAAGAUCACAGAUGAAGUGGGGACGCCUUUCUUCUUCAUUUGGUCAGCGUGUGAAACAAUAAUACUCGUAACAAAUAGGAGGGAGAUGGGGGUGAAAAAAAUCUUGACAUGAUUCAGAAGAAAUAAUACCUAGCGCACUCCCCCCCCCUCUAAGCCGGAGCCCCCCUUCCUUCCCCCUCCCCGCUCCCUCUCUCGCCACACGCUCGCAGGCGCGGACACACACACACACACACACACACACACACACAGAGUCGCGCACACACAUCCACACACAGGCGCACGCACUGUGCUGUGUGCUUUCGGAGGAGGAGGUGGUGGAGGCUUUUGGAAAAGGAAGAAGAGGUGGCGUUGGGGAGGGGGGAUCUCUUUCCCCGUUGGAGAUGAUCGUGCUAUUCCUCUUUGCCUCGCUCUGGAUGCUGGAGGGGGCCCUCGGCCAGCUCCAUUACACGGUGCAGGAAGAACAGGAGCAUGGCACGUUCGUGGGGAAUAUCGCCGAAGACCUGGGCUUGGACAUUACAAAACUUUCGGCUCGCCGCUUUCAGACGGCGUCCAACUCCCGCAGCCCUUACUUGGAACUCAACCUGGAAACCGGGGUGCUCUACGUGAACGAGAAGAUCGACCGCGAGCAGAUCUGCAAGCAGAGCCCCUCCUGCCUGCUGCACCUGGAGGUCUUCCUGGAGAACCCCCUCGAGCUGUUCCGGGUGGAGAUCGAGGUGCUGGACAUCAACGACAACCCACCCUCCUUCCCCGAACCCGACCUCACCGUGGAGAUCUCGGAGAGCGCCACGCCGGGCACCCGCUUCCCCCUGGAGAGCGCCUUCGACCCCGACGUGGGCACCAACUCUCUGCGCACCUACGAGAUCACUCCCAACAGCUACUUUUCACUCGACGUGCAGACGCAGGGCGACGGCAACCGCUUCGCCGAGCUGGUGCUGGACAAGCCGCUGGACCGCGAGCAGCAGGCGGUGCACCGCUACGUGCUGACUGCGGUGGACGGCGGGCAGCCCCAGCAGCGUACCGGUACCGCCCUGCUCACCAUCAGGGUGCUGGACUCCAACGACAACGUCCCCGCCUUCGAGCAGCCCGUCUACACCGUAUCGCUGCCGGAGAAUUCGCCGCCGGGCACGCUGGUGCUGCAGCUCAACGCCAGCGACCCCGACGAGGGGCAGAACGGCGAGGUCAUCUACUCCUUCAGCAGCCACAUAUCGGCCCGCGCACGGGAGCUCUUCGGCAUCGCGCCGCGCACCGGGCGCCUGGAGGUGAGCGGCGAGCUGGACUACGAGGAGAGCAGCGUGUACCAGGUGUACGUGCAAGCGAAGGACCUGGGGCCCAACGCCGUGCCGGCGCACUGUAAGGUGCUGGUGCGGGUGCUGGACGCCAACGACAACGCGCCCGAGAUCAGCUUCUCCACCGUGAAGGAGGCGGUGAGCGAGGCGGCGGCGCCGGGCACCGUGGUGGCCCUCUUCAGCGUCUCGGACCGCGACUCGGAGGAGAACGGGCAGGUGCAGUGCGAGCUGCUGCAGGGCGACGCGCCCUUCCGCCUCAAGAGCUCGUUCAAAAACUACUACACCAUCGUCACCGAGGGGCCGCUGGACCGCGAGCAGCCGGGCGGCGACGCCUACACGCUGACCGUAGUGGCUCGGGACCGCGGCGAGCCGCCGCUCAGCACCAGCAAGUCCAUCCAGGUGCGGGUGAGCGACGUGAACGACAACGCUCCGCGCUUCAGCCAGCCCGUCUACCAGGUGUACGUGAGCGAGAACAACGUGCCCGGCGCCUACAUCUACGCCGUCAGCGCCACCGACCGGGACCAGGGCGCCAACGCCCAGCUCGCCUACUCUAUCCUUGAGAGUCAGAUCCAGGGCAUGUCCGUCUUCACCUACGUCUCCAUCAACUCCGAGAACGGCUUCCUCUACGCGCUCCGCUCCUUCGACUACGAGCAGCUCAAGGAGUUCAGCUUCCAGGUGGAGGCUCGCGACGCCGGAGAGGAGCCGCAGCCGCUGGCCGGCAACGCCACCGUCAAUAUCAUCGUCGUGGACCAGAACGACAACGCUCCCGCCAUCGUCAGCCCGCUGCCCGGCCGCAACGGCACCCCGGCGCGGGAGGUGCUGCCGCGCGGCGCCGAGCCGGGCUACCUGGUCAGCCGCGUGGCGGCGGUGGACGCCGACGACGGCGACAACGCCCGCCUCACCUACAGUAUCGUGCGGGGCAACGAGGCCAGCCUCUUCCGCAUGGACUGGCGAACGGGCGAGCUGCGGACGGCGCGCAGAGUGCCGGCCAAGCGCGACCCUCAGCGGCCCUACGAGCUGGUGGUCGAAGUGCGCGACCACGGGCAGCCGCCGCUCUCCUCCACCGCCGCCAUCCAGGUGGUGCUGGUGGACGGCGCGGCCGAGCGGCCCGGCGGCGGCGGCGGCGGCGGAGCGCUGGGCGCGGGGGUGGGCGCGGGGGGCGGCGGAGGCGGCGGAGAGCAUCGGCCCAGCCGCUCCGGGGGAGACACUUCGCUCGACCUCACCCUCAUCCUCAUCAUCGCCCUGGGCUCCGUCUCCUUCAUCUUCCUGCUGGCCAUGAUCGUGCUGGCCGUGCGCUGCCAAAAGGAGAAGAAGCUCAACAUCUACACCUGCCUGGCCAGCGACUGCUGCCUGGGCUGCUGCUGCUGCUGCCCCUGCUGCAGCCGCCAAGCGCGAGCCCGCAAGAAGAAACUCAGCAAGUCGGACAUCAUGCUGGUGCAGAGCUCCAACGCGCCCAGCAACCCGGCGCAGGUGCCGGUGGAGGAGUCGGGCAGCUUCGGCUCCCACCACCACAACCAGAACUACUGCUACCAGGUCUGCCUCACUCCCGAGUCCGCCAAGACCGACCUGAUGUUCCUCAAACCCUGCAGCCCCUCCCGCAGCACCGACGCCGAACACAACCCUUGCGGGGCCAUCGUGACCGGCUACGCCGACCAGCAGCCCGACAUCAUCUCCAACGGCAGCAUCCUGUCCAGCGAGACGAAACAUCAGCGUGCUGAGCUCAGUUAUCUAGUUGACAGACCCCGACGGGUAAACAGUUCUGCAUUCCAGGAAGCAGACAUAGUAAGCUCUAAGGACAGUGGUCAUGGAGACAGUGAGCAAGGAGACAGUGAUCAUGAUGCCACUAAUCGAGGUCAAUCCUCUGGCAUGGAUCUCUUCUCCAAUUGCACAGAGGAAUGUAAAGCACUGGGCCACUCAGAUCGGUGCUGGAUGCCUUCCUUUGUCCCAUCUGACGGACGCCAAGCUGCAGAUUACCGCAGCAAUCUGCAUGUACCUGGCAUGGACUCCGUUCCAGACACUGAAGUGUUUGAAACACCAGAAGCCCAGCCGGGGGCAGAAAGGUCCUUCUCCACCUUCGGCAAAGAGAAGUCUCUUCACAACACUCUGGAGAGGAAGGAGUUGGAUGGACUGCUGUCUAAUACACGAGCGCCUUACAAACCACCAUAUUUGACAUUUGCCAUCUCUGGAUCUCAAAGUGGAUUAUAAAGAAUAGUGGUUUAAACCUUCCUGCACCUCUAGGAGAUAGCACGGAAAAGGAUAUGCUAGUCACUUCUACAGGACUUACCUGAAGCAGCAUGAUUUGCACAAAAGUCGACCAACAAAAAGCAUCAACUUUCAACUUCAUUAUCUUGGCCAUCCAGUUCUGUCUAACUGAAGGAUUUGUGUGCUGUUGGAGACAUCAUGGCCAACAAUAGGACCUAAUUGCUCUCAGCAGGCCUGAGAAAUGAGUUGAAAUGUGUAGAACUGUAGAAACUUCAGAGGCAACUGAUCUUGCCUCUCUGAUCAGUGUGUGCCUGUUUACAGCACUAUAUAUCUUUCUCUCUCCAAAAUGUCACUGAGCCCUUUAGAUGUUUAUAAUCACCACAAGAAGCCAAUCGUACAGAUAAAAGAAAUGUGCAUUAUAAAUGCAAUAUCACUGUUUUAAACUUGACUGUUUUAUAUUAUUUUUGUGUGAUCAAGUGUUCCCCAAACUAUUCCAACUUUACAAGAGAGAUUGUGAUCAUGUUCUUUUCACCCGUGGGUCACAAACAAUGUUGUUAAUCUGAAGACCCACCAAAUUAUCGAAGACAUUCUGUAGUUUAUACACCGUGUUGCAAAGUGUUUACUGUACUAUUUCAAAGCUUCUAAAUAAAUAUAAAAUAUAUAUAUAUUAUAUUAUAUAUAAUUUUGAGAAAAAUGUGGUACAACUUAGUUGAUUUUUAAAUGGAUUCAUACAGUCUACACCAUACACUAAAAUGAGAAGGUAAUUCAGGGUUCCUAAGCUAUCCUUGCUAAAAACAAAUAUAAAAUAAACCUUUAAUAGUACUUCCCCAAUAUUCGUAUCUUGGUCAAUCCUGUUUUUCUUGUUUAAAAAAAAAAAGAAAAAAAAAAAAAAAAAAAAAAAAAAGAGCUGUAAGCAACAACAACAUUUUGUCUAGAAGUUGUAAUGAAUUUUCAAUGCCAAAGAUGCAGCUGUCAAUAUUACCAGAAUGAGCGCUAUGUACUAUCAGAGGUAUAAUUCACUCUCCAUUAUUUUGAUGGUAUUUCUAAGCUUUUUAAUUUGGAAUCAUAAAACCUUUUAUAAGGCUCUAUAAGCUCACCUAUAUCUGUUGUUGAAAAGAACACUGAGUGUCUGUACAUUUUGCAAUGUAAGAUAUAUGUAAGUGAAGUAUUUUAAGAAAAUCAUCCCGAACUCAUAAAUAUGCAUACGUACAUACACACACACACAAACACACGCACAUCUCUCUGACAUACUUUUGUGAAGCUAUACAAAUAUAUUGCCUAAAAAUAUUUCUCUUGUGGCUAGGAAUAGUUAUUGAUAGAAUUCAAACUACAAAGGCAAAGUAUAUGCCAAAAUAUCGACUCUUUUAUCACAACGGAUGUUUGAAAUUAGGAACACGGCACAUUCUCAUCUGACCCUUCUCCCAUAGGAGUUUAAAAGGGGCUGAUUACCAUCUCAGCUGGGAAAAGGAUCAAGCCCUUUCAUAUAAUCUUUAUGUUCUGUAAUAAUUGUAUGGUUGGAAAUGGUAUAUUAGAGCAAUUUUUUCUAUGAAAUAAUGAAAACAGUAAACUUUUAAAGGUAAAUUCAUCUCCAUGGAGCUUAAGUACCAUUUACUAAAUGUAAAAAUGUAGUAAAGUGCUUUUCUUCUUUUUUUUUUUCCUUCUUUUUGUAUUGGGUUGUUGGUUUUUUUCCUCCCCACUGUAUCUUAAUAUCUGUCAAGUACUGAAAAGAAAUGAUAGAACACUGUGUUAUCAAGCAACGUCUACCCAAAUUUGAACAAAUACCUGGGGACGGUCCAAUAUUAAGACAAGAGAAAACCUUUCAUUGAUUGCAGCUGAAUUUGGAUCAUGCUGUUAUACAGGAAUUCUGGUACCCCCACUAGAGCUACCACAGGACGAAUGCGUGAGAAGCUGUAUUUAGCCACUGCUAUGUGGUUAUUAAGUCUGGUUUUCUUCCCUCUGUCAUUAUUUUUGUUUAUGAUGACAGUUUCUAGAAGACAGAUAAUUCACCCAUAUGGAAACCAUCCUGUUGAGGAUUCAGACAAGAUUGCUGAUCAGUUCCUGAUCAUUCUGGCUGCUGGACUGAGCUCUGAAGUUCAUUUAACUACUCUGAACAAACACUAUUAAACAAUUUUAAUGGAUAUUUCUAGCCGAUCUGUAUCACUCAAAUAUAUUUCGGGGAUCCUUUUAAAAAUAUGUACAAAACACAAUCAGAAGGGAGUGAAAACAGUGGUUACUGAUUUGAACAAACACCAGUCAUGGAAUGUUCCUCUAGCUGUAGACAGUGGGACUUACCGUCACUGAUACACCUUUUUAGUUUUGUGAAGAACAACAAUGAAAUUUGUGACAUCACUUUCACUUAAAGGAUUAUGUUAAAUGGUUGUUUCUGCUUUUAAAGGCCUCCAAGAAAUUUGUUUUUCUUUGUUUCCAAGUACCUCAUUAAUAUUAGAUGUAAAGUAAGUUUGUUUUCAGGUUCUGGGAAGAAAAAUAUUUUUUCUUUCUUUUUCAGAGACAGUGAAGUAUUUUUAUUUAAUAAAGCUAUCUUCACAAUUUGCAUGCAUUUUUUUUUCCUGAAAACUUAACCAUGUCAUAUCAUGUCAUUCCUUUCCAUAACGGAACGUUUUCAGUGAACUGUGUAUUUGAUACACACCUCUUUUCUCUCUCUCUUUUUUUUUUUUUUUUUAAGUUAAUGUUAGAUAAUACAGACAGUGAUCCAUGUAUGCACAGAAAUCCUUCUAAGUUCAUAGGGAGAGUCCCACAAGGAAUUGUGAUAGGAUGCGAGACUCCCGAGGAACAGAAUGUUUUUAACUACUACAUCCUGGGUUCCCAAAAUAUUUAAACACUUCUGUGGAUUUCCCUAGUUCACUGUGAAUUUCAGUACGCUAAUGUUUGAUGACAUGAGGUUUAGGUCACAUUAAAUAACAGUACCUAUCUGUUAUGACCCAAAAGAAGUACUGAGAAGUGCAUUUGGCCGUACAGAGGUUCAAUCCCUUCCCUGUUUCUAUGUUGUAGUGGGGAAGAUACCUGUUGCAUCCAGCCACCUCCCAUUGAAAUUGAAUUGUUCAGCAUCUCCAUGUAUCUCACCAUGCUACUAGGUGCCUAUCUGCAGUGAUAGGUAUGUAAAUGCCUUUAAACAUUAGCUCUUUGUAUUUGCCUCUUCCUUUAAGUGUAUGUGCUACUAAUGUCUAAGGACUCUGAUUUGCAUAUUGGGCAAAAAAUAAAAUGAAGUAGUUGGAAAAUAUUUAGGAUGCAUAUUAAGGAGAAGUAUCUACAUCCGUAAGCUGGUGUAGGGAAGGUUCUGAUACCUCCUUCUUUGAAGAUUUUCAAGAGUUCAAAAAAUACCUGUCAGGGAUGAUACAAGUGUACUUAAACUUGCCUCAGAGAAAUAGCAGGGACUAGUCUCUCAGUCCUGUUCUGUAAUUUUCAUCGUAAGGCAUCCUGAGCUUCAGAAGAUGUUAUCUGUACACAGCUGUAGGAGUAAAGAUGUUCUAUCCUUCAAUUAGGUAUCAGAAGCAAUAUUUAAUGUUUAAAUUUACAUAAAAACUGCGAGCAGUAGAACAAGCUGUCUUUGUGAAGAAUUUUCUUUAGAGUAAAUGAAAGUUCCAGCACAAGACAGUAUCUUACAGAGAAUAACAAAAUGAAACCAGAUGUGUAAUUUAUUUAUUUAUUUUUUAAUUCCUGGUUUAGAUGUGUAGCAAUGGAUAUCUAAGCAACUUGCCUAUUAAAUUUCUUUCGUUUCUUCCAGACUGACUGUUGCAAAACUGAAAAAUACUAAAAUGUUUCAUUACUUGAAACAAAAUUACCAUUAUUUCAUGCAGGUUUUAAUUAAUCUGCCCACUGAGAAGGGAGAAAAAAAGUUUUUCCAUUAAAUAGUCUCAACUGAUUUGAACAAGGUGUAGUAACUUUUCAACAUUAUUGUUGCAAAACUAAGUGGAAUGUCAGUGCACAGAUAUAUAUUAUUUGUAAAGAUUAUGCUUCAUGCAUUAUAGUCACUAUAUAUGUGUGUGUUGGGGGGGUAUGUGUGUAUAUAACUAUAGUUCAAAAUCUGGUAAGUUGCCUCUGGAUUUUUUUCUUGCCGGAGUAUGCUCCUAUCAGUAAAUUCAAAGAGAAGGGUAGAAACACAUUUAUGGUACUAGAAAAUUAGACUUGUUCUUUAGUGUAGAAUGGAGUUUUGUAUUCAACAUUUGAAUUCAGCCCCUUCCUCAUGCGUCACACCCACAAUCAAACACACAUUUCAUUAUUUGACUUGAAAACUUUUACCUGCUCACAGCAGACUUUUUUUUCUUCUUUUUUUCAAGUGCUAUCAUUCCUCAGGGUAAAAGGUGGAUAAACAGAUAGUCUUCCUAGGCUGAUAAAUUGUCAUUGCAAUUUUGCAAGGCUGUUAAAUAUUUAUAUGUCUUAUGUGGAGAAAGAAAGCUGAUCAUAUCCUGCCAUUGUUCCUUGUUCAAGUCGUAAGUUGUUUGGCACUGGGACUUUUUAAUUAGAAUUUAUACAAAGGUAUAGGGGCCAAAGUAAAUAAGCAUCACUCAUAUACAAUUAGACAUAGCAAUUUGAUUGCAAAACGUUGGUACCAGAUGUCUAUGAAGAACAGACAAGUUAUUUUAUUUGAAGCAAAGUGAAAGGCAGCCAGUAAGACUCUAUUAUGUUAUGCUAAGAAAAAUUCAGAAACAGUGAGUUAAAUCCAUUGCACUGGCCCCUACAAUCAGAGCUCAGAUUCAUAUUAAAGGUCUCCUUCAUUAUUUUUUUUUUCCCUCUGAUCAGCUGAUCUGUCUUGAUAUGAAAUGGAUACAUAUAUAUGAACAAAUACAGCCAUUAAAAUCCAUUGCUGAAGCAUCUGUGUUUUUGUAGAUAUCCUCAUAUGUAAGAAAUGAGCAAGAAAUAACGUGGACAGCUUUCUUGAAUUGAAAUUGUUUUUGAAUUUGAAUUUGUUAAUAAAGAUCAUGAUAUUGUAUGUUGGCUGAGACAUCAGGGAAAAUGAAAUCUAUGUGGGUGUAGUUCUCCAGAAGGCAAAUGCUUCAUUUAGGAAGCAUCCUGUCAAAAAUGUGUAAAUGUGAGUGCAGGAAAUCUUGCUGAGUCAAGAUGAAACACACUGUGCCAAAACUUUCUUGUUCUCUGUGUCAGCACUGAUUAAAAUGUCCUCUGGAUGGUUAACUAUGGUAGUAAUUCAGAAGAUAUCCAGAAUAGCAAAAGAGAUUCAGAUAACAUUACGAUUCUUACUAAAGAGAGGUGAAGACAAGAGGUUGAAUUUGUAUUAAAAUACUUAUUUGUAUUAUACAAUAGGUAAAAUUCAGUUAAGCCAUGCAAUUCCUGAAAUAGUAUGCUUCCAAAUACAUGCACUUCAAUGAUUAAAGUUCACCUCAUCAUCAGCUUAAAAGCAUAUUUUGGGUAACUCAUCUAUGAGUUGCACUAAGAGUGAAGAGUAAUGUAUUGUAUAACAAUGCCUUACAACAACAUGAUAAAGUGAAUGUAACCAAACCAACCUUAAGUUUUAGAAGCCUUGGAUUCAAACAUUCAGGUUCCAAAACUGAACUGUAUUUUGUAUGCAUCAGAGCCUAAUUCCAUUAAAGGCAGUGGUCCAAGCUGCAGUGAUUUGAAGGGGAACAAAAAAAAGUUCUUCUUUCUUUAUGCACAUGCAUUUUUGAGCAAGAGCAAUUUGCAAUAAAAAUAUUUGACACCAAAAGAUGGGAAACUUUACUAGCUCUGUUUUUAAUGAGCUGUGAAAUCAAGUUCUGAAAUUUGGAUGUGGCUAUAUGUCAGUUUAAAGCAGACAAGUUUUGAGUGAUUUUAUUUCAAGGCAAAGCUGAAUGACAUCUCUGUUGAGAUUUUCUUAGAAGACCACAACAGAAAUGCAGUCCUGAAAACAUACAUUAAUGUUUUUACAAAUGGGAAAAUAAUUAAAAAUUCACUGGAGAAGAGUGAUGAUUAAAAGAGUGAAUAAAGCCAGCAAAGAAGUAUCAGCCCCAAUGAUGAAUGUCUCAGAAGGUUUUGCUUUGGAAGGUAACAAAUGUCCUAACGACCUUAUCUCUUUUCAGAUUUACUCUGAAAGAUGUUUCCUAUCAUAUUUUCUGGUCUAAGUUUUACUUGGGAUAUAGAAGCAGGGUGUAUAUAGAAGGGUCUCUGUGUGUAUGUGGAUGUUUGGUGAGAAUAAAAUAGAAAAAAAAAAGACCUAAAUGAAGCCUGAUGUCAAAACUACAUAGUAAUUCCAUCUCCAACAUUACAGCUUUUCUAGAUGGGUUUCAGAAUAAUUUAGAGCAAGAACUUUAUGGGAUGCUGGCAGGAGAGCAGUGGUGUGGGACUGUUCAGCCAUCAAGAAGAAAGAGAGCGCUUUGCUAUUCCUAGUCUUACAGAUGACAUUAAUUGGUAUUUAAAUAGUGCUCUUCUCAGGAACACAAAUAUAACAAAAAUGAAAGAAAGAUUGCUCUCACCAUGAGAGCAAUACAUUUAUUAUAGCUUUAUGCUAUAUAUAUAUAAAAAAAAAAAAGAUGAUGAAUGCAAGGAAACAUUAUUCUGCUCAAACCCCCAAAGAUGAGUCUAAAUGAUGCCCUUGGAGCUCAUGGCCAUUCACUUUUUGUUACAGGCUUGGCUUGAUUUAUAUUCUGACUAGCAACAAAGAAAGAAGACAGAGAGUGAGUGCUGGAAGAAAAAGCCAGUUAAUUAAUGCAAUCUAGGGAGAAAAUGCAGUAUACCUUGAAUUGAAAUCAUUAAACCUCACUGAGCUUCUGGGGAAAAAAAAAAAAAAA